AUGCGCGCACCAAUAACAGCCGCACCAACAUGGAGCACCAAACAGCAACCAAACAGCAACAAAAAACAGCACACACCAACAGCCACACCAACAGCAGCACCACCAACAGCACCACCUGUAAACAGCACUGCACCAAAUGACACAUGCAGCAACAACUGCACCAGCGUACCAACAGCUGCACCAAAUGCGAAUAGCAGCACCAACAGCCGCACAACAGCAGCACCAACAGCCGCACCAACAGCAGCACCAACAGCAGCACCAACAGCAGCACCAACAGCCGCACCAACAGCAGCACCAACAGCAGCACCAACAGCAGCACCAACAGCAGCACCAACAGUGGGGGCAACAACCAUUGCAAACAUAAACGUGGCAGAUCUUAUGACACGGAUUAACAGGACAGACUGCGGGACCGGGCAGCUCUGCGCGGAUGAGCCCUCAGCCUGCGACCCCUCCACAGGUGGAGAAUGUUUCUUUCUGGCUGCCAAGAAGGGGAGGGGUAACAACUUUGAUUUUGAGCUGUCAGGACAGUCCGAUGGCUAUAUUGCUGCCACCCUGUCACUCGACGGCACGCUGGGAAAUGGCGACAAAACGUAUGUCUGUGCAAACAACAACGGUAAUGUUCGAUUCUUUGGAGCUGUCUACAACAAUAGCCAGCUGACUUUGAGUCCGCUGGAAGUGAACUCUGUGAAGGGCAAAAUCACGGGGAGAAAAAUCCAAUGCACAUUCACUGCCUCUGUACCAGUCCCGACUACAGAGCAAACAGUAUCACAGUUGGAAUCUCCAGCAGAACUUACAAAUCAAGUACAGCUGCUCUCGGAGCCCCAAAAGAGCAGUACAAAAGUCCUCCUGUAGACCUGGGAAACCCUAACGCCACUGUCACCAAUCAGCUUUCCACCAGUACCACCACUAAACCCACCACUAAACCCACCACUACUAGCCAUGCAAUUACAAUCCAGCAUUCUCUGACCCAAGCUCUGCUGAUCAUUGUUGGUGUGCUCGGUCUGAACGUGCUAUGAGGAAACUGACAACUCCAAGAGUCAAGACAACCUUUAUUCAUCUCAAUGUGCUAAUCAUCUCUCAGGAGGUUUACUAUAAACAGUAAAUCCAUCCAAGUUUAUUAGAAUCAUGCUCACAUGUUUCAACCUACUGGCAGGGGAGGGCAGGAAUGGAGGAGGUUGGCCAAUCUUCCCAGGCCUUCUAACUGCUCUCACGUCUGUGUAGGCUCUGAAACACAACAAGUAAAUUCAUUUUGUAUUUAA